AAGGAGUGAUUUUUUAGUUUUCACUCUUAAACAUCUACAAAUUUUUCAUAAAUAAAACCCUUAGUCAGAAAUCACUUUCCAGGUCAAAAAAUCAUUUUCCAGGUGACAAAUCUCACUAAUUACUAAACGAACAAGAACAGGACCUCGUUUCCUCUGCAAUUUUACAUUUUUUCACAGAAGUUAAAGAACAAAAAAAACCCAGAAAAAAAAGGGUAAAAUGAGGUGGGAAAAAUGGAAGAUGAGCGAAGCAAUGGAGAAGGGAGGUGGGCCCGGCAAGAGGUGGGGCCAUACCUGUAACGCCAUUAGAGGUGGGAAGCUUUUGUAUGUGUUUGGAGGUUAUGGCCAACAGAAUUCCCAAACUAACCAAGUUCAUGUCUUUGACACUGGUGGAUACUCAAGCUUGGAGUGAACCAGCCAUAAAGGGAACUCCACCAAUUCCUAGGGAUAGUCAUACUUGCACGACAGUUGAUGAUAAUCUGUUUGUGUUUGGUGGGACGGAUGGGUUUAACCCCCUCGGAGAUUUGCAUAUACUACACACUUCAUCAAAUUCAUGGAUUUCUCCACAUGUAAGAGGAGAUGGACCACAGGCAAGAGAAGGCCAUAGUGCAGCACUUGUUGGAGUACAACUUUUCAUUUUUGGCGGAUGUGGCAAAUCUAUGAACUAUCCGAGUGAAGUGCACUAUAAUGAUCUUUAUAUAUUGAAUACUAAGAGCUUUGUGUGGCAACGUGCUCCAACAUCAGGCAGGCCACCAGCUGCACGUGACAGCCAUUCCUGUUCAUCUUGGAAGAAUAACAUUGUUGUUAUUGGUGGUGAAGAUGAGCAUGAUUAUUAUUUGUGUGAUGUUCACAUCCUUGAUACAGAUACUCUUGUUUGGAGAGAGCUGAAUACUUCUGGUCAAUUGUUGCCUCCCCGUGCUGGGCACUCAACUGUUGCCUUUGGCAAGCACAUAUUUGUAUUUGGGGGAUUCACUGAUGCCCAGAACCUGUAUGAUGAUCUUUAUAUGCUUGAUGUUGAUACUGGUAUCUGGACCAAAAUCAUAUCCAGUGGUGACGGACCUUCUGCCAGAUUCUCCAUGUCUGGUGACUGUUUGGAUCCAUCAAAGGGUGGCGUUUUGGUGUUCAUAGGCGGUUGCAAUAAAAAUCUAGAGGCACUAGACGAUAUGUACUUCUUGCACACAGAAAUUUUGAGAGAUGAUGGAAGAGAUGACCGAAGGUUGGAAAAAUUAUCUCUCAGAAAACAGCUGAAGAUGAAGUGUCAAGAACAAUACAUUCCUUCUUCGGCUAGUGAUAAAUCCCUUGUCACAUUUGAACCAGCUGAUCUUAGCCAACCAAUUUCUACGCCAUAUAAUAGCCAACAAAAUAGAUUGCUGAACCUACUGAGCCUGCUAGGUAGCAUUGGAGAAAGAAUAGGUCAACAGUAUUUUCAUCUAAACAUGUACCGACCACCAAUAGGGAAGAGGACAUUUCAAGCUAAGGUAACUAAAAACCUUGCGACUGGAUAUACGAUUGAAACUACUAUUGAUGGGAAGCCUUUGCGUGGAGUUCUUUUUUCAACCUCCUGUGCAGCAAACCUGAUUCCUCAUGGGGAAAAGGCUGCUGAAAAUGUCAAGUCUAAGGUGAAUGAAAAUCAGGGUUCUAUAAUGAUAUCUUCGACUGUUCAUGAGUCUCCUGCUGAACCUACCAGUGCAUCAGUCACUAAAAGUGCAGAGCAUUCCGAUGUGGGCCAGUCACACGAGGUAGCCAUCAAAGAGUCAGAGACUUUAAUUGGAUCAAAUGGUGAUCAUGAAGUCAAGAAAACGGAUGGAGCUGCAGCUUCAGCUGAUAUAGCCACCUUGGAGGAUCCAUCUUCUGUGGCUGAGGGCUCUGCCGCUUUUCUUACAAGCCAAGAAGACCAGGUAGAGACUGCUGAAAGAACGUGAAGCUAGACUACAACCUUUCAUAGAUCAGUUUUGAUAUUCAGAGGAAACCAAUUUUUUUGCGGCUAGUAAUUAGCGAGUUUGAAAGCCGUUGAACUAGACUAGAAGCUUACCAGCAACACAGGAACUCUGCAUAUGCAGAAAAAUCUCUUCUGGGGUCAAUUUUUUCUUCUAUGCGUUCAAGAGGUACAUAUAUUGCCACCAGCUAAUUGUACAUCCAUAGCUUGAAGGUGAUUGUAGACAGCUGACAGGUGACAUGUGAUUCAUAACUCUUUUACGUUGUAGUAUCUUGAAACAAGACAGUAGCUGCAUUAUAGUAGUAGCUGCAAUUUCAAGUGACAUCAAAUGUAAAGUGAUUCUUGAACUGAGUAGUCAGUCUCUUUCGACCUCUAAUGGCCGGUUUACGGUGAUUUCCACAAUUUAGAAGGGGCAUUCAUCGUGCACCUUGUUCUUUGAGUUUA